CUGUCCUUCCAGUGGCAUCAUCAAUUUGGCCAAAUUUAAAGGUGCUACCACUACUUCGUACCUUACCAUUGUUUCCCAAAUUACUCGAUUGUCUGCAUUACAUCAUCGUCAACCGUUUCCCUCUAUUUCGUAUUCCCCUACACACCCUCUACCACCAUGUCUCUCACUAUUAAAAUACACGUAGCUUCCUACCUCUACCUCAACCACAACGACCUUGCCUCCAACAUAGCCUCCUCCCCCAACUUCAUCUCCAAAAUUCGACCCAGACCUUUUUAUAAUCCCAAUCCUCUGAUAAUCUCCGGGACUUGUAUUCACAGAAUGCCUGCGGAUCAUAAUUCUGGUGCUGCUCCCAUCAGGAGCUCUUUGAUUGACCCGGACGGAGGGACAUUGGUGGAUCUUGUGGUGCCGGAGAGCCUUAGGGCUUCCAUGACGUCAGAGGCGGAGUCAUUGCCUCAGAUCAAGCUCUCCAAAAUUGAUCUCGAAUGGGUUCACGUGCUCAGCGAAGGAUGGGCCAGCCCUUUGAGAGGGUUCAUGAGGGAGCACGAGUAUCUGCAGAGUUUGCAUUUCAAUUCCUUGAGGAUGAAGGAUGGCAUCGUUGUGAACAUGUCUCUUCCCAUUGUUUUGGCCUUUGAUGAUGACAGUAAGGGCCGAAUUGGGUCGUCCCCUCACGUGGCCUUGGUUGGGCCUGAUGGAGAUCACGUUGCCAUUCUUCGAAGUGUUGAAAUAUACAAGCAUAACAAGGAAGAAAGAAUAGCUAGAACUUGGGGAACAACUGCUCCAGGGUUGCCGUACGUCGAGGAGGUUAUUGCUCCAGCUGGCAAUUGGCUUGUUGGAGGAGAUUUAGAAGUUCUGAAGCCUAUCAAGUACGAUGACGGGCUCGAUAACUACAGGCUUUCUCCCAAACAACUCCGCCAAGAAUUUGAUAAGCGGAAAGCUGAUGCAGUUUUUGCCUUUCAGUUGAGAAAUCCUGUGCAUAAUGGUCAUGCCUUGUUAAUGAAUGAUACUCGCAGGCGUCUACUGGAUAUGGGCUACAAGAAUCCAAUUUUACUGCUCCAUCCUCUUGGAGGUUUCACUAAGGCUGAUGAUGUGCCCUUGGAUGUCAGGAUGGAGCAGCAUAUCAAGCUCUUUUUUCCCCCUGCCCAGGUCUUAGAAGAUGGAGUUCUUGAUCCUGAGACUACUAUAGUUGCCAUAUUUCCAUCACCUAUGCAUUACGCGGGUCCGACUGAAGUACAGUGGCAUGCCAAGGCAAGGAUAAAUGCGGGUGCCAACUUCUAUAUUGUAGGUCGUGAUCCUGCUGGAAUGGGUCAUCCAACUGAGAAAAGGGAUUUAUAUGACCCUGAUCAUGGGAAAAAGGUGCUCAGCAUGGCUCCUGGCCUUGAGAAGCUCAAUAUCCUGCCUUUCAAAGUGGCAGCGUAUGACACUGUGGAAAGGAAGAUGGCAUUUUUUGACCCUUCUCGAUCUGAAAAUUUCCUCUUCAUAUCCGGAACCAAGAUGCGAGCUUAUGCAAGAAGUGGGGAGAAUCCGCCAGAUGGUUUUAUGUGCCCAGGCGGAUGGAAGGUUCUUGUCAAGUAUUAUGAGAGUCUGCAGGCAGAAGAACAAUCACAGCAGCCUGCAGUGAUAUCAUCUUAAGAUUUGACACUAAGUGUUAAUUCUUAACGAGUCUGGAGAAAGAGUACUAAAAACUAAGAAGUGUGACUCCGUCACCAACUUUUGCCAUUUCUAAGCGAGGUUUUCCAGGCUCAUGAUUCAUGUUUCAGCAGGCUCUGGCAUAUUUGAAAAUUUUGUACUCUUGAAUUAUUUUGAAUCUUUCGUUAGAGAAUUAUUAUGAGUAGGACAGCCUCACAAGAUUUGAUGUUGAUGACACUUGUAUAACGUAACUAAUGUGGCUUUCGUGGAACCACAGUGGUAAAUAAGCUUCAUUGAUAAUAAAUGUAAAUAAUCCGACUUCUAAGAGUUUUUAUAUUA